UUUCCCAGUGGGCACAAGGAGAGCUGUCAACAUUUCGGGGUAAGAGCAGCCCAGCCCAGCCCUGUGGAGUCACUCCUUGGAAGGGGUCGUUAGCCAGCUCUUUUCAGCCUCCUUUUGAUUAAGAUGAGGAGUACCGCCCAAGUAGCUCAGGUGUCUGGCUCGCCUCCAGGGCCUCUGUGCGUCUCGCCCCGCCUCUCGGGCUCCUUUAAGAGGCGGGUCUUGGUCGCCAGCCCCAGGGCCUCGGCCAAAGGCUGGGACUUUACUCCGGCGGCUGCGGCGGCGGCGGCAAACGACUCGGAGCUCCAUCAGCUGCCGCAGGCGCCGCGCCCUGAGGCUGAGCCACGAUGAGCGGCAGAGUAGGUGACCUGAGCCCCAAACAGGAGGAGGCAUUGGCCAAGUUUCGUGAAAAUGUCCAGGACGUGCUGCCCACCCUGCCCAACCCAGAUGACUAUUUUCUCCUUCGAUGGCUCCGAGCCCGAAGCUUUGACCUGCAGAAGUCAGAGGCCAUGCUCCGCAAGCAUGUGGAAUUCCGGAAGCAAAAGGACAUUGACAACAUCAUCAGCUGGCAGCCACCCGAGGUGAUCCAGCAGUAUCUGUCAGGCGGCAGGUGUGGCUAUGACCUGGAUGGUUGCCCAGUCUGGUAUGACAUCAUUGGUCCCCUGGAUGCCAAGGGUCUGCUAUUCUCCGCCUCCAAGCAGGACCUGCUCAGGACCAAGAUGAGGGACUGUGAGCUGCUUCUGCAGGAGUGUGCCCACCAGACCACAAAGCUAGGGAAGAAGAUAGAGACCAUCACCAUGAUUUAUGACUGUGAGGGGCUCGGCCUCAAGCACCUCUGGAAGCCUGCAGUGGAGGCCUAUGGAGAGUUUCUCUCCAUGUUUGAAGAAAAUUAUCCCGAAACACUGAAGCAUCUGUUUGUCGUUAAAGCCCCCAAGCUGUUUCCUGUGGCCUAUAACCUCAUCAAGCCUUUCCUAAGUGAGGACACUCGUAAGAAGAUUAUGGUCCUGGGGGCAAACUGGAAGGAGGUUUUACUCAAACACAUCAGCCCUGAACAGUUGCCUGUGGAGUAUGGAGGCACUAUGACCGACCCUGAUGGAAACCCCAAGUGUAAAUCCAAGAUCAACUAUGGCGGUGACAUCCCCAAGCAGUACUAUGUGCGAGACCAGGUUAAGCAGCAGUAUGAACACAGCGUGCAGAUCUCCCGAGGCUCCUCCCACCAAGUGGAGUAUGAGAUCCUCUUCCCUGGCUGUGUCCUCAGGUGGCAGUUUAUGUCGGAGGGAUCAGACGUGGGUUUUGGGAUUUUCCUGAAGACCAAGAUGGGGGAACGGCAGCGGGCAGGGGAGAUGACAGAGGUGCUGCCCAACCAGAGAUACAAUUCCCACAUGGUCCCUGAGGAUGGGACCCUCACCUGCAGUGAGCCAGGCAUCUACGUCCUGCGCUUUGACAACACCUACAGCUUCAUCCAUGCCAAGAAAGUCAGCUUCACUGUGGAGGUCCUGCUUCCCGACAAGGCAGCAGAGGAGAAGAUGAACCAGCAGGGGGCAGCCACGCCCAAAUAACAGCUCUCGCCCGCCCCCCUCAGAGCCUUCCCGUUGGUUGUUUCUUUGUAGUAGCCCUAAGAAACUGGGCUGGAAGGAAGACUUCAGACUGCACAGAAGACCCAGGCCAGAAUCCAAAGAGGACAAAUAGCUAGGGUGGGUCCUUGUCAUCAGACUGCUAAGGGGGUCUCCAGAAACUGGCUCUAACUAUGUCUACCCUGGAGACCUGCCAACUUCACCUGCCCAGUGACAGCUAAGUCAGGGAGAGGAGGGGUACACAGGAUGGCAGCAGGGAAGAAAUUAGAAAUAAGUGAAGAGAUUGGGGUGCCACACUCAGGGAAGUCAGCUGCUGGGAAGACAUUUGCUCCUAAACGAACAUGGAACAAACCUCCAUGAUCGUAAUGAUGGUUGCAAGGGAGCAGGCUGCUAGGCACAGGAUAGGAAUCCCCACCUCUUCCAAACUUUUUUUUUUUUUUUGGUUUUUCGAGACAGGGUUUCU